GUUUUCUGCACAUUCAUUUCCGUUAGCAUAACAGUUGAUGUGUUUACGGUAUUUUCACUUUAAUUUGCUGAAGUUAAUUGGAACGAAACACUCGCCGUUUGUUUUUAGUAGAAAUUCUGCCACAAAUCCCGUCUUCAGAAUGGCCUUUUUAACACGACAACAGUUUGUAUUCAGUAAAAUCGUUCCGUCGUUAUACCGGGCCACACCAUCCAUCCAGAGCCCUGUGUGUGACGGCGUGGUUUCACUUCACCACAGACAGUAUAGAAGCAUGCCAACCCAUGGGAUCGGUAGGUGGCGUCAUCUUGUACCACAAGAAGAGCCAAAGAAAAGGAGAGAAAAACUUCAGAUGAAGCCGCUGGUGGAGGAGACUGACACAGCGUACGGAACUCUGAAUGUGAAGGUGUGGGGUCACGACAUGACACUGGUGGAGCAUUACGCUCAAUACAUCCACAACCUCUGCAACCGGCUCCAAAUCAAAGUGGCAGAAUGCUACGCUUUGCCAACCAAAACCACAGAGGUCCUGCUAAUGCCGGAACAAGGAACCAAGAUCUUCAUCGAUGCUGUUCUUAAGACUCAUGAGCGAGUGGUGCAGCUGAGUUUUCUGGACACCACGUUGUGCACGGUCUUCUUGGAGGUUCUCUUAAAGAACCAGCCUGAGGGAGUGCAGCUGUCUGUGCAGCAGCACACCGAGGCUGAUUUCCAGGCUCGUUUCAAGGCGCGUCCGGAGAUGGAAAACCUGAUGGCUAAGAUCAACCAGUAGGACCUGUGACCUUCCAAAAUCUCAGCUUCAUGUCCAGAACUAUGCCUGUUUCCACCUUCAAGUGUUGCCAGGAGAUGAUUUUCUACCAUCUGAGUUCUCUCCCUCUCCACCAGAUGGCGCUGUCAGCCUCCGCAUCAAGGCUAGUGUUAUAAAUGACUAAAGGGUACCGCUUAACACAUCGUAAAGGAGAAGCUAGGUCACAACAAAACAAUUAAAAAACACAAACAACAAAAAGCAGAAGGCAACGUCAGUAUUGAUCGGAGUUGGGUUUGCAUGUUAACACAAAGCGGCAUCUUUGUGUAAAUACUUUGGGAAGUGGACAAAAUGGGGGAAAAAAAUUAUGUGUCCUCUACAUGAACAUGACCUCUGACCUGUUAAAGGAAAGUCUCAAGAAAAAAAGCAGCUUUUAACAAUGAACGCUUUUGUGGCUCAUAGCGUCCCUCUAGUGGACACUUUGGAAAACAGCCCAUGUAGUUUCUCAAAAAGACCCUGGUUCCAAAAAAAAAAGGAGCUUUGUAAAAACAGUUUUGGCAAAGAAAUGAAGACUUGUCUACUUUUGUUAAAUCUGGAUCAGUGUUCGAUGUCGGCAGCGGUGCUAAAUAAUGAGACAAAAAUUAAGAAAAUCACAGUGUGGCUGAGGGAAGACG